UCAGUCCGAGUAGUGUGAACUCGCUUCUUCUUCUCUCCUCCGUUCCUUCCUUCCUUCCAUCCUUUCCUUUACUGCGUUUAUCAGUUUAGCUUCACUGCUCUGGCAUAUUAUUAAACAUGACUCACCAAACAUAAAUUAAAUAUGGAAGUAGAAGAUAAAUAUUUUUCUCAUACAGACAAGUUAGUUUGGUUUUAAAAAUCGAAUUGUCGGCAAUAAUGAUACAAAAUAACAUCUGUUAAAGACAGAUAGCUUGAGAACUUAAAAAUAAUGACCGAUAAAUGAUUCUGAAUGUUCAGCCUCUUUGUCCUCUGCAACAUGACAUUAGCCCACAGUUGUCAUAUGAGACAUGUGGUUUUCCUGUGAACAAGCUCCACAUCUGCUUUUCUAUUGAAACAUUUAUUCUUUGUCCCAGUCACAGCCACCAUCUUCUGUGAAGUCAGACUAACAGUAUGUAUGUAGCUGUCUAAAUAAUGACCUUGUUCAUCCCUGAUAUGGCUGGUCGUCUGUUUUUGCUCAUCCUCCUUUUCGAUACCUUCCAGUACCUCAAAGCCAAAGAUCUUCCUCAGCCCAGUCUGACAGUGAUUCCUGCAGUCAUCAAAGAGAGAGACUCAGUUCAGCUGAACUGUCAGACUCCUCCAUCUGUCUCUGAGUGUUACUUCAAAAUGGAAGGGCAAGUGGAAUUCACCCUACCAUCACCCUGUCAACAGGAACUCACAGGAACACUACUGGUGAGGUGGACAGGUCAGAGUUCACCAGCUGAGGUCAAAAUACAAUGUCAGUACAGUGCUACAGGUUCACAGUUUAGAUCCAUGUUCAGUGAGCCUUCAACAGUCACAAUUCAGGACAUUCCUCAGCUGACAGUGAGUUCUACAGUCAUCAGAGAGACAGAAUCAGUUCAGCUGAGUUGUGAGACUCCUCCAUCUCGCCAUGUGUCUAACUGUUACUUCUACAUAGAGGUGGGGAAGAUUUUUCCAAGGUCAUUGUGUACGCAGACAAUAACAGGAACUGAGCUGCUGAAGAGGGCAGGUCCAACAUUUCCAGCUGUGGUCAAAGUGAAAUGUUACUAUGCUGUAGGGAGGUCUCACACAUCUCCUUUAAGUAACCCUGUCUCAGUCACUGUUCAGGGUAAGUAGGUGGUUUAUAAAAUGAUACACUUCACUGUUAUACCGUAUUAAUUAUGCUCGUUCUGAAAAUGAGAUCUUCUGUUGUAUUUCUUAAACGUCUUCAUUUCACAUAAUGAUAGGAUUUACUGUACUUUGUACAAACAUAAAUGCUGACAUAGUUGAACAUUUUAUUAAUGGAUCUACCAUACUGUUAGUAUGUAUGGAUUAGCUGUAAUGUUUUUAAAUGCAACUUUCAAAGAGACACACCUCCUCCCAGGCUGGCCGUUCUACAGUCAUCAGAGAGAGAGACUCAGUUCAGCUGAGCUGUCAGACUCCUCCAUCUGUCUCUGUGUCUCACUGUUACUUCUACACAGAGGGGAGAGAUCCUAAACACUCACCCUGUACACGUUCACUCACGGGGACUGAGCUGCUCUCGUGGGCAGGUCAAAGUUCAUCUGCUGAGAUCAAACUGAGAUAUCUUUACACAGUAGAAACUUACUAUCCAUCGAUGCACAGUGGUUCUGUCUCUCUUACUAUUCUUGGUAAGAAAUGUUAUAUUCAGAUUCUCUUGAAUGAUUCUGUUUAAAUCACAAUCUCAUCCAAUGUCAUUUCAAAAUAGUUGUUGUGAAGACAAAUAUUUGAAAUGUAUAUGUCAGAAGUAGAGUUCUAAGAUCCCACGGCAAACAACCACAGAGACAGGCCAAAGUACAAUCAAAGGUUCUUUAUAAACUCAUCUUUACACAGUAAUACACAGUAUCACUACGGUCCUAUAAGAAACGUAUAAAUAGGCUGGGAUUUAGGGCUGUAGGCUAACUAGAAGCAACGGGCCAAACUAAACCUUCCGAGCAGGGUUUUUUCGUUCGGUUCUACCCGAGCAGGAUUAGUUCGGCUCUACCCAAACAGGGUUCGGCUCUUCCUCCCGAGCAGGGAUCAUUAGUUGAUGGCUGGUCUGGUAGUCGAUUGCUGGUUUGGUGUUCAAUGGCAGGUCACCUUCUGUCCCUCGCUCUGCACCGGCCUGGCUGUGUGGUAGAGUUGGGUGUAGCCUCUCAGCUGCGUCAGGCGUGUCCCCCGUGUCUGUAGUCGUGGGGGACAGAAAAUAUACAAUUAGAGGAUGUACUGGCCAACAAUUGGUGUCACACUCACACGUUCGCAACAAGCACUUUCCUUUAGUAGUGCAAUAGAGAGCAUUGUGAUUUGUGUCUUUCCAACAGCAAGCGACCAGCGGAGACGAGAAGCUUGUCGGUUGAGAGGUCCCUGGUUCAGUUCCUUUUAACUCUAGUUCUGAGGCGUGUUUAGCGAUUGGUUUGGGGAGGCAGGAGGUGAUAGAGAAUCAUCUCAAUGUCACUUUAGUCCAUGUUAAUCUGUGGAAUCACAGCACACCAUACAAGCAAGCAAAAUAGUCCAUGCGAUUCAAUUUGAUUUCACACGUGAGCAUGUAAGGAAUUAAGUGAAAGGAAAUCGUUGUAAACACACAGCACACAUGAUU